GUCCACACCAUGAGACUCAAAUUCAGAGCAUCUUCCCACUGGCACUCAGCUAAACUCACAGCUCCUCUCAUCAUGUCCUACAACCUCUGUUCUGGAAACUUUUCCUCCCGUUCGCUCGGGGUUUACCCACGCUACUCAGGAUCCUCCUGUGGCUCUUCUUACCCCAGCAACCUGGUCUACGUCACGAAGCCCCAGUCUUCCAGCACCUGCCAGCUGGGCUUGCCUCUCUCCACUGGCUGCCAGGAAACCAGCUGUGAGACCACCAGCUGUGAGCCCACCAGCUGCCAGCCCACCAGCUUCCAGACACCCUGUGUGGUGCCCAGGCCCUGCCAGACUUCCUGCUACCGACCAAGGACCUCCUCACUUUGCCAGACGACUUAUACUGGAUCUCUGGGCUAUGGGUCCAGCAGCUGCCGCUCGCUAGGCUAUGGAUCUAGAAGUUCCUAUUCUUCGGGCUGUGGAUCAAGGCAAUUCUACUCCUCAGGUUGUGGAUCCAGUGGCUUCAGACCCCUGAGUUAUGGAGUUCGUGGCUGCUCUUCCCUGAACUCCGGAUCCAGAAUCUUCUGUCCAACUUACCUGGCUUCCGGGAACUGCCAGUCUCCUUGUUACAGACCAACCUAUGCAUCAUCCUUCUGCAGAUCAGCUUACUGAAGUCCCAGGCCUUUUACGCAAAAUGUAACCAACUGGCCUAGAAGGCAAUGUCAGUAAAGCCCUAUCACUAUCAGUUCUUCAUUUUUCCUUUGGUGUUAAGCACUGACUGACAGCUCAGCUCUUUCAGUCCAUGAUACUAAUGAAAGACCAUAUCUAGAAUCAAAUAUCUGUACUCAGAAACAAAUGAUUCAUUCGCUAUUGAUUUUUUUCUUGCAAAAUGUAUGGAAGUUCAGUUGUGUUUGACCUAAUAAACUCAUUCACUCAUGCAGCCAA